CUCAACAAGAUGGGGUUCCACUCAGAAAAUGAUAGCACGAGUCAUAGAGCAGCAAAAUGCUCUGUCCAAGAUUCUCUCCACAGACCGUAAAGUGAGACACCUACUGCCCUCAUGGCAGGACCUGGAGGUUUUGGAAUCAGUUAACAAGGCCCUCAGUCCACUACAAGAUUUCACAGAUGCCCUAUCAGGUGAAAGUUAUGUAAGCAUUUCCUGUGUCAAGCCUGCUCUCAAUCUCCUGAACACUUCUGUGUUGGCUGAAGAAGAAGAGGACACUGACCUAACCAAGUCACUAAAAUCAAGAAUUCUACAGUACCUUAAUGAGAAAUAUGAAGUCACCCAAGACCUGUUAAACAUGGCAUCUUUUAUGGACCCACGGUUCAGAACACAGUACCUGUCAGCCGAUGAGACCCAGAGCAUCAAAGAUCGAGUCAUCGCUGAGUUGCAGGAACUUCAGCAGCAUCAGCCUGAACCCCAAAGCACUGCAGUGAUGGAGGGGGAUAGUCAUGUGGGAAACCCACCUGCUGCGAAAACCAAGAAGAAAAGUCUUGCAAGUUUUUUUAAGGAAUCUACACGUGCAGCAGCACCACUGCCGUCAGGCAACACUGCAUUUGAUCCCAUAGAACAGUUUAGAGAAGCAGUGGCUGCAGAACUCAAUAUUUACAUUUAUAUGCCACUUAUAGAUCAUGGAGAAGAUCCUUUGAAAUGGUGGAAGUUUCACAAGAUCAACUUCCCUAGGCUAUGCAAAUUAGCACAAAAAUAUCUGUGUAUCCAAGCAACAAGCUCUGCGUCAGAGAGGGCUUUUAGCAGCAGUGGUAAUAUUGUAUCUAACCAUCGGUCCUUGUCUGAAACCAGACAAGGUGGAUAUGCUGGUGUUUUUGUCAAAGAACCUCUCAGCAAGUGUUUCAAAAUAGGAUUUAGGAAGUACUUAUAA